AUAUGUUCAUAUUUUCACAGUCAGAGUAGAAAGACUGAAGGGCUUUUGUGAGUUUGUUGGCCAGGAGUACCAUAACAUUUUAGGACACUGCCUAUGUUCGCUGGCUGUCCAUGCUCCCUGCUCUAGAAAGAGUGCUGAAAAUGUAUGUGCCAUUGAAAUCUGUUUUUCUUUAUUUCUGAAGACAAAUGCCCUGUUGUCCUGCGAACAAUGUUCGAAGAUCCACUGACUGAACUUUGGCUGGACUUUGUCCAUGGAAACUUGACCGUAUUCAGUGACACGAUCAAGAUGCUUGGAGGCCAGGACCACUGUGCUGUGGAGUCAGCUGCAAUUCUGAGAAACGUUGAGGCAAAAUUGACUAAGCUGUUGGACUUCUGAGAGAGCUAGAGGAAAAUGGAGCCAUGUUUAAAGAGAUCUUUCUCAAAACAUCCCAAUCAUUCUUCACUAUGGCUGUGAACUACUUGCAAGCAUGGGGAAAGCACACAGGUAAUCUAAAAGAUUUACAUCGUCUCCUUUUAAAAAGGCAACCUCAGCGUGAAGAGAUCCAGAAGGCAGCAGGCACACUGCAGGAAAAAUGCCCCAAUGUGACCAUCAAUGAGGAUGCAUUGUGUGACAAGGUUACUGGCCUGCAAGAGUUCCUAAAGGGGGGAUCGCUUGAAGAAUGGAACACCGCUCAGUCAGAGAUGGAGCACGGUGGUUACCCACUUCAAAGAGAACGACAUCCCACACACCAACCUGGCUAGAUUAGCAUCUGUUGUCAUGUGCUUACCUGGAGGUAAUGCACCAGUCGAGAGAGUGUUCUCCCAAAUGAAUGAUCUAUGGACAGCAGCAAGAAAUAGAUUCACUGUUCCUACCAUCAAGGCCAUGCUUAUUGUGAAGACCAACUUUAACCUCCCCUGCCAGGAGUUCAUGGAGAAGCUGGCCAAACACAGCAAUCCUGAAUAAGAUACAUUCUUCUGAGAAAUAUACAGAUUAGAGUUUUUGUAAACAGAAGCUUGGCCAUGGAGAAGAUUAAAUGUUUUGGCUUCGAUAUGGAUUACACUCUAGCCGUGUACAAAUCUCCAGAGUAUGAGUCCCUGGGCUUUGAGCUGACCGUGGAGCGCCUGGUCCACAUCGGUUACCCCCAGGAGCUGCUCAGCUUCGUCUACGACCCCGCCUUCCCCACCAGAGGCCUGGUGUUUGACACCAUGUAUGGGAACCUGUUAAAGGUGGACGCCUACGGCAACAUCCUGGUCUGUGUCCACGGCUUCAAUUUCCUACGAGGACCUGAAAUACGGGAGCUAUACCCGAACAAGUUCAUCCAGCGUGACGAUACUGAACGUUUCUAUAUCCUCAACACUCUCUUCAACUUACCAGAGACCUACCUCUUUGCCUGCCUCGUGGACUUCUUCUCAAACUGUGACAGAUAUGCAAGGGGGAGAUUGCUUUCCUGUUUGGCUGGAAACCACCUCAAACAAGGGAAGACUAUCCCAUUUAAAAGCAAAACAAAACAAAACAAAAAAAUGUAGUGAAAAUGGCUACUAGCGUUUAAAAGCAAAGCUCUCUGUCUGGCCUUGGCCUGUCCACUGGCUCUGUGUGUCCCUUUCCUCCCCCCUUACCUCAGCUGUGAGACUGGCUUUAAAGAUGGCGACCUCUUCAUGUCCUUCAAGAGCAUGUUCCAGGACAUCCGCGACGCCGUCGACUGGGUCCACUUCAAGGGCACCCUGAAGGAAAAGACAGUAGAGAACCUUGAAAAGUACGUAGUGAGAGACGCUAAGCUGCCUCUCCUGCUGAGUAGAAUGAAUGAAGUAGCCAAGGUGUUCCUGGCCACCAACAGUGACUACAAAUACACACACAAGAUCAUGACAUACCUGUUUGACUUCCCCCACGGCCCAAAGCACGGGACAUCCCACCGGCCGUGGCAGUCCUACUUUGACCUGAUUCUGGUGGACGCCAGGAAGCCUCUGUUCUUUGGAGAGGGAACGGUGCUCAGACAAGUCGACACAACGACAGGGCGGCUGAAGAUCGGGACCUACACCGGACCCCUGCACCAUGGCAUCGUCUACUCUGGAGGUUCUUCUGACAUCGUGUGUGACCUGCUGGGGGCCAAGGGGAAGGACAUCGUCUACAUCGGAGACCACAUCUUCGGGGACAUCCUCAAGUCCAAGAAACGCCAGGGCUGGAGGACCUUCCUCAUCAUCCCCGAGCUGGCCCAGGAGUUGCAUGUCUGGACUGACAAGAGCUCGUUAUUUGAGGAAUUACAGGGCCUGGACAUUUUCUUGGCAGAGCUCUACAAGCAUCUGGACAGCAGUAGUAAUGAGAGACCUGACAUCAGUGCUCUCCAGAGAAGGGUCAAGAAAGUGACCCAUGACAUGGACAUGUGCUACGGCAUGAUGGGUAGUCUGUUCAGGUCUGGCUCCAGACAGACUCUGUUUGCCUCUCAGGUGAUGCGCUAUGCUGACCUGUACGCUGCCUCCUUCAUCAACCUCCUGUACUAUCCCUUCAGCUACCUCUUCAGAGCUGCUCACGUACUGAUGCCCCACGAGUCAACGGUGGAGCACGCGCACAUCGACACGGACACCGAGUCCCCCCUGGCCACGCGCAACCGCCACUGCACUGAGAGCAAGGACCUGGAGUGCUGUAGCAACAAGAACCGCAGCCAGCUGACCCGGUCCAUCAGUGAGAUCAAACCCCCCAACAUGUUCCCCCAGACCCCCCAGGAGAUCACCCACUGCCACGAUGAAGAUGACGAUGAGGAGGAGGAAGAGUAGAUGGGAGGAGGUGUGAUUGCGUGACCCUAACCAGGCUUGAUUCCUUCCUAGGAGGAGGAAGAGAGAGAGAGGAGUGAAAACCAUCUUGAUUCCUUUCUGAGGUUUCCCUGAGGAGGUUUUAGAGUAUAAAUACUUCUAGGAAGAUAUAAACUAUAAUGUACUCUAUAGUCCACAGUAAGAGUCAAUGUAGGAUACAUUGGAAUGAGGGGGGAGGGGAUAUGGACAUUGUGGUGUAUCUAUAGGAGAUUUAUAUAGAGAGAAAUGAAGUUACUUUUUAUACUAGAGAUGUAUCAGGAUAUUAAGCUUUUAUGAAUCAGAUCAGACAACGGUAUGUCGUUGUCUGUUGCUACAGCACGUUGCCCCGUGCCCCUUUUCAAGUUUUAUGUUUUCAAUGGUUGUUUUUUUCUAUGGAUUUUUAUGAUGAAAUGGGAAAAGGUUGACUUGAAGUUGGCCAAUUUUUAAAUAUUUUUUUAAAAAGUUGAAGCUAAAACAGUUUUUACGGCAUAGGAUGUUGUAGCAGAUAAAUAUACACGAAUACACACAAGCAAAUAUUACGAACACUACUUUUCUCUGUACUGACCUUACACAGUGUCUGGUCAUAGAGAAUAAUUCCCUGUGUGUGUUUACAUAGUCUACCAUAAUGCAGGCACCAUACCGUAAUUUCAAUGUGAAGCACUAAGAUGGAAUAGCCUUUGCCAAACAGUAUGUACAGUACUGUAUAUAAACUCUAUAUACUGUUUUGCUGUUCUCCUUUUGAAAUGAAAGAAAGUGUUCUAGUCUUUUGCUGUACUGGUGUUGACGCGUAUCGAGCAGCACGGCAAUCCAAAAACAUGGUCCAAAAAAUGUAUUUCUGGUUGUUAUUUUGGUCUUUUUUUUUUGCAGUAUAAUUCCUCCCGUCGUGACCCUGUAUAACACAGCUGGUGUGUGUGUGUGUGCCCGGCCUUGGCCAAUCAAAAGUCGAGUUUGUGUCGUCCUGAGCGACUGUAACCAAGGCAUCCGUAAUUGUACUAAAGAACAGUGUGGUGUAUGUUUUGGGUUACACAAAGCACAAGUCUGAUUGUGGGUAACUGAUUGUCAAUAUUAGCUCUAUGACAUGAAACGUGCUGUCUAUUUAAAGUAUGGUGCAUAAUGUAAUCUGUGAUUCUGUGUGGCUAAUUUCAACUUGACGUUUUGAGAUGCGUGAAAUGUUGUUUCUAGGCAACCGUGCGUACAGGGUAUCGAUUUAUGCUGCCUCUGUACAGAUGGGGUCUAUGGCAACUGUGGACGGUCACAUAGGCCUAAUACUAUUGAGAGGCUGUGACCCAGUAUUACUGUUCUCAUACAUGAUACUGUAAAAAGCAAGACAUUCAUCAUGCAAAAUACAAUUACAUUUUCUUUGUUCUCCUGUAGGAUGAUAUGAGAUAUUGAAACCUUCAACAUUGUUACACUAUGUGCAACUAACAUGCAGUUGUAGUUUUACCUUUUUAUUUUACUAAGCUUGGAGUUGUUCAUUAGAUGUUCUCUUGAAUAUUACAUUGUAACAGUUUUUAUUUUUCAUUGCAUAGAACUGACAUAUUCACCCCUACCUAACCAUACCCUCAUAUUCCACGUGUGAUAAUAUGGUCUGGUGGUUCCUAGUAAUUAUUUGCAGUUAACAUAGAGAGUACAGUAUGUUAUAGGAACAGACCUGGGUUCAAAUACUAUUUGAAAUGUUUCACAACUUUAGCCUGCAUGGAGUACCAGGUGGGCAGAGUUUAACAUUUGUGAAAAUGUUUCUGGUUCCAUUGCUCCAGGCAAGCUCAGUCAAGCCCCAAUAAAGUAUAUGAAAUGAUUUUGAAUCGUAUUUGAACCCAGGUCUUCUCUACAGUAGGCCUUGAUAUUGAAAAAGGAAAUCCAGGUCAGCCUGGGGUGCUGUGACGUGUGGCACUGUGCAGGCCUUGAGAACGCACGGGCACCAGACAAGGAACCAACGCCUCGGCGAGAGGGCGUUUGGGUCUGACCGCCCCCAGAGAGGUUAGGGUGGGCCUGGGAAAAGGAUAAGGGGUGCCCUCCUGACUGGUGGGAAUAGGUUGUAGACUCACCCUAGCAGGCCUAUGAAGUGUGGAAGAUGAAUAAAGGACUAGCUACAGUAUUCAGGAGUUUUAUUGGUCAUUUAGGGGUAAGAAACACUGCAUGAUGCAAAGAAGCACCUGAUUUUUAUUUAAUGAGGCAAGCCAGUUAAGAACAAAUUCUUAUUUUCAAUGACGACCUAGGAACAACAAUUGCCUUGUUCAGGGUCAGAACGACAGAUUUGUACCUUGUCAGCUCGGGGAUUCAAACUUACUAGGUUACUAGCCCAACGCUCUAACCACUAGGCUACCCUGCCGCCCCAAUAUUUCCCACAAGGGUUGCAUUUGCUGUCUCCAAACAUGUUCAAACCUUUUAAUUUCAAAAUGGAAAUUGCAAUCGUUGAUUAGGCCCACAAUUCCACUGAAACGUUGAGAUACUUAAAAAAAUGUGACUGGAAAAUGUUACCGACUUGGUUAAUGUUGAACUUUCCUGUUUAGCAACGGAAAUGCUAAACAUUUUCAGUUGUGUGUCCUAAUGAACAUGACCCAGAUAGUAUGGAGUACGGUUCUAAAAAAAAAAGAAGAGUUUUUUUAUAGGUUAUCUGCAAUAUCAUAUGUGUAUGCUAUGUAAAACAUGCGUAUCACUUUAUUUCUAAGGCAUGUAGUUGUGUAGCUAGAGGUUUCGAUUGGGCUGAUGAAGGGAAGACCAAUAGCUGGUCUGUUUGUAAACUCGGUGUUUGCCAAGGCAAGUAGUAAAAAGGGGAAUGUGGGUUCAACUGGGGGUCUUUAAAACAGAUUCUCCUCUUACUAAAAUUGUUACAGAGGAACUAUAUAGUGGUUCAAUAUUUUAUUACUCUGAAAAAAAGUAUAUUUUUAAGUAUUGAUUUAACUGGAAAUACCACAGAAACACCUGAGGCAGCUGUGUUCCACACCUGGUUGGUUAGUCUUUUUUUUUUUUUGGUCUCAUUACUGACGAAUUCAUAAUAAAGCUUGGUCGUUGGGAGGAAAAUUUGAAGUCCUUUUCUGUCAUGUAUUUCUAUGCAAAGACGCAGGACAGUGCAUUAUACGUGUAAAGUAACUUACUAAAAGGCUGGCCAGUGUAAGCAAAUAGCUUACGUCAAAGUUUGAUAACUGUAUGGCUAGAACUAGGUUAGGGCUACAACUGAUAUGUGGAAGAAAAGAACAUUGUCCGUCUGUGAGAAAAAGCUCUGGACACACAAGUUCUACAAGGUCAUCUGUGUGGUAACAAUUGUACACUUAAUAAUAAUAAUAAUAAUAAUAAGAUUAGCCUUGCAGACCGAUAUGCUGAAAAAUAGGCGAGUUGAGGAGCAUGUAUUUACCGUGCAUCAGACAUGGCACCUUACUCAACAACACCUUGGUUUUGCUGUUUAUUUGUUUUUUUCUAACCAGUGUUUUCAGAUUCUUAGUUUACAACGUUGUAUAUAAUAUAUGCAUUUACAUUUACAUGUUGUUGAAGAAAUCUUCCUUAAAUUCUUUAUAUUUUUUCUGGUUUUUGGCAUUUUUCUGGUUUCAGACACUGUUUUUUUACUAUAAAGGCUUCAGUGAGUAUGUCUGAGCGAGCUAAACAUGGCGAACAGGUUAAUGCCACCAUCCAUUUAUACAAUUUGUCCAUUUAUACAAAAUUUCAACAAUUGCAGACCGAGCGUGACAACUAUCACGCAUUCACUUAUUUUUUUGUUUCGUGCAUUUUCUUGGAUGUUCCUCAGAGCGUUUUGUUUCCAGACUUAUUAUAUAAUGUGUGCAUUGGGGAAAUGACAUUUCUAUGUACAAUAAAAGCUAAUCUUCCAUAAUAAGUCA